GCCUAGUAUGAGUUGGGCACCGAAUGCACACACAUGAUUGAAUGUUCAGACUGCAGACCUUUCUUUCUUUGGAUGCACUGUCCCUUUUCUUUCAUCAUAGAAACGUAUAUUAUCGUUUUUGACGGACAAACAACAUCACUUAUUCCAGCUGUUGGAAAGUAAAAGGUUUCUAAGCGUUUGCUUUUGGGACUCUUCAGCGUCCGAUCGCGGCGCAAGGGCAAUGAUAUCGUUUUGUGCUUAAUUUUUGGGUCACUCCUUCGGAACAGUAUAUACGUAUAAAAAUGACAUUCGGGUACGUUGUGGUCGGUGCGGGUUUAACGGGUGUGCUCAGUUUCAGCUGUCUGACACUCGCCAUUGGAAGUGAAUAUUGGUACAUCAUUGAAGACAAACGGACAAACCACACUGACCCACCGCACACGCACUCUGGACUUUGGGGAGUUACAGAUGAAGAUGACCAAAGUCAUACAAAAGACCCUUCAAGAUAUUCAGAAUCUGAGAAGCAGAUGGAGAUCAUGCACAGGGUGAUUGCCAUUUUACUACCCUUGAGUCUCGUGAUGCUGGUGUUUGGAGGCAUCUGUAGCCUUGUCAGUUCUCUAGCCAGAAGUCGCACACUGCUGAUUGCAUCUGCUUCAUAUUUCCUGCUCUGCAGUCUUCUGACUCUCUCUGGGGUGAGUCUGUACAUCAGGUAUUCUCAGACGGCUCUGGAGGAAACAGAAAAGCGGAUGGGGCGUGAACAGAUGGCUCAGGUACACACAUCAUUCGGCUGGUCUAUGGACAUGGCCUGGCUUUCCUUUCUUCUGGAGGUGAUAACUGGGCUGCUCCUACUGCUGGCUGCAAGGUUGGUGCCUGUAUACCAAUAUGAAGAUUCUGUCGCACCCAUAUAAACUGUUUACCUGAAAUAGACACGUGCUCAAACUAUUACAAAGAGAACAUCUCCACUUGUGUGUUUGUUGUGCCAAAAAAGUAGAGUUUGUUUAUUCUUAACGCUAUUCCAACAUCUAUAUAUUCACUGCUAGAACUGCUUAAUCCUACACAAGUUAAUUGAUACACAUGUUGGGGGAGAGGAAAUUUGACAUCUGACCCAGUCAGGGUUCAACUGGAAAAAAACCUUCUUGCUGUGAGGGAACAAAGUGCUACCGACUGAGCCACUUUGCCACCCACGCAUGUGUAUUUGGUGUAUAUGUAAAAAAAGUCUUUAUAAAAUCUCACACAUACUGUGUGAGUGGGGUGUUUAUAUUAAGGUUCUUUAAUUUGACUCUGUGUGGCUCAUACGCAUGCAGAUUGAAUCCUGUAACCGGUUAUGGCUGUUGAAUUCAAGUAGAUAUAAUUGCAGACUGGUGAUUUCCAAAUGGGUGCAUGAACUCAAAGUAUGUGGUACGUUUAAAAUGAAUGGGGUAGGGUUAAGGACACACUUUACAAAUGCUGGGAUAUUUAAAAAAAAAAGGGAUGAACCCAACCCGUUGGGUUGUAAUUUAACCUAUGCUGGGUUGUUUUAACUCAUUGUUGGGUAUAACUCAGCUAUGUAAGAGGGUAUGUUUAGGUGUGGGAUUAGCCAUGCUGAUUUGGAGCCCCAUUUGGAGAUUUCCAGGCUGCAGCUAUACCAUUUUUAUUGAUUUCCAAGGUGGCCACGGUUAUUUACUGUAUAUAUUGAUUGACAGAUGAUUCCCCCAGUCAGCAUCACCUAGCAAACCUACCAUUUUGACUUGUAGAUUGUUAUUCUGAUUCUUUUUGUCCUUGUUUGGUGUUGCAAUUUGUGAGAACUGUAAGAUUGCACUGCUCAGACAUCUGAGGAGACUGUCCUCCAAAAAUAAUGUCUUUUGCAAGCACCUUAUUACGACGGAAAGUGACGUAUUAAGGGAUUAGUGUCCUCUAGCGGCAGUAGCUUAUGCAACCUGUUGUUAUGUUUUAAGGUUUUUGCCUUAUACAUCAAAUUAGACACAUUUAAUACCCUAAACCCAACCACUUCUCAACCAUGUAAAACACAACACGCAAGUAAAAGUACAGUCACGGGUAUUUAUUGCAUAAAACAGCAUAAAAGUAUUACAAACCAUUCAUGUUGCAAACCUUGCGAACUGAAGCCAUACGAUUACUUUAUAUGAAGAACUCUGUGAUCGAAACGCACAGUCAGAUCUCAUUCAAACAUAAACCAGCAUGAUGUAGUCGGUCACAAGAGCCAAUAGCGCUUCACAUUCUUAGCUGACGUAAUGAUGCAAUCGGUCACGAGACACACGAGAGCCAAUGCCUUUUCACAAUUAUAGAUGACGUAUGAUCGCUUCUUCUGGUGGCAGUUUUUGAAUCGAUGUACACCGAAUCUGAUAUUUACAGCGGAUUGUCAUCACUUUUGCAUCUUUUCUUCAAAUAAAUCGAUCGUUUGACCUCGGUACACUUCAUGCUUUUAUGUUUUGUAUGCUGUGUUUAUAUCAUAUAAUAAAUAAAUGGGUAUGUUAUUUGAACUAAAUGCCUGAAUAUUGUUAUGUGUAAUAAAAUACAAUUAAUCCUGGCGGUUUAAAUAAAAAAUCUUAUCCCAGCACAUGUCAUCAUAGCAAAAUGAUACCCCAAAAUAUAAUUUUAUACCCUAAUAUAUUAAAGGGACAUUCCACUUUUUUUGAAAAUAUGCUCAU